ACCGCGCCUGGUCCACAGCUGGAACAGUGGGAGGGUCCGACUGUCACAUCUGGAAGCGAUAGAACCAGGCGGCCGAUCCGAUCGGCAGCCGGGACGUCCCGCCGAGAGCGGAGCGAGUUGGUACUGCUGCGGGAAGCGAGCACACGGGUUUCGGGGAGUGUGGACCGGGAUCCGGACGAUGAGCGGCCCCCGGGCUGUCCAGUUCCCCCUCCUCCUCCUCCUGGCAUUGCUUCGGGGAACUUGGAGCGGGACAGGGACGGGCGGCGGGGUCGGACCCCGCAACUGCUCGGCUGAGAGCUGCGUCUCGUCUCCACAGGUCGGCGGCCAGGAGCCGGGGCUGGCAGGCAUCCAAGUGUUGAAGUCCGCCUCGCAUUAUUGGCCCUUGGGUCGCGUGGAGGGAUUGAACGAGCUCUGUGACGUCAAUGGAAGCCAAACAGACGUGGUGGAGGGUGUGGUGAACAAGGGGAUCUAUCUGAAUGGAAACGCUGGCGCCACUCUCCUGCACUUCGGAAGCUCCAAGAAUUCGUGCAUCAGUGACCUGGAGCAAUGCGGAGAGGCAGGCGUCAGCUUUUCCUUCUUCUGGAAGAACCUACAGAAACAAUCUGGCGUCAGCACGCCAUCGGGCGGGAAGCUGAUGUCAAACCGGUUCUCCGUCUACGCCAGUGUCAACAAUGGCUUCAUCGAAUUCUACACCCGCAAAACCUCGCACUCGUGGAAAGCCUCAAUAAGCCCACCAGGCACUGAAUGGACACACAUUCUCUUCACCUGGAGCCCGGUGGGUGGUCUCAAGGUCUACGUCAAUGGUACGUUCAGCACCAACGACACCUACGGCAAGGAGUCGGCGGACAGCGGUAACCAGCACGCCAACCUGGUGACCAGCACGCAGAAGGUGCACUCCUACGGCCACUACGUGACCGGCUCUUUCGACGAGUUUGUCAUUUGGGAGCGGGCUCUCUCCCCGCUGGAGAUUCAGCUGUACUUUAACGCGACUAUAGGUCUGCCUGUUUGCAACCCGGGAAAUGGCCCCUCUAUGUCCUUGGGAGAUCUGGGUGCCGGCAAUUCCACAAUGGAAAAUCUGACCACCUCAAGCACAAAUCACUCAGGCACGGCCCAGCCGAGAGAGGAGGACAAGAGGUUCACUGCUGGGGGUGUUCUUAGCCCCCCUUUUGCCUUUCCAAAUAAGACGCUACAACAUCAAACUGCUUCCAACCUGACAGAGCAAUACCUGCAGACGGUGGGGGAAUUCCUGGACGUGCUCAGCCUGACUGAGUCAGUGGAGGCUGUGGCCGAGGUGAGUGUGUUAAUCGAGACGGUGGACAACGUGUUGGAUCACGUGGUAACCUUCCUGGAGGGGGAUCCGAACUUGCCGGUCGGCAUCGAAGGGACUUCGCCGGUGGCUGACUACUUGUUGAUGAAGGUUGCAGAUGGUUCCAGCCUUUCCAGCUACCGUUUCCCCUCGCAAGGACUCAGCUACAUCUUCAUCCCCGGAGAGGCUUUUCACAGUAAGAAUACUUAUCGAGCAUUGCAGUUCCCCACACCUCCAGCGAGCCAGCCUUGUCAUUCCGGCCACUCCCCUGUGUUGCCCUCUCAAGGCAAACCAGAGCGGGAAUGUUUUUACUUCGAGCAAGGUUUCCAAUCUGGUGUCCACGACCCCUCAGUUAACGACAGACAUUUAAAAAUAGUUCAAAGGCCUUUAGCGGCUGGAGAGCUGCCAAAAUUUGCCAUGGUGGUCUUGCGUCUUGGGAUCUGCUCGCGUGGUCUCAUUGCACUCUCCGUCACGCUGGCCGAGGCUUGGGAGAGGGGCCUGUGGAUCAGCGAAGCCACCGUCCACAAAGACCACCCAAUUGCGGUGACCAGUCACGUCAUCUCGCUGAAGAUCGACCCCCCUCCCUCGCUCUCCCACAAUCUGUCAGGCUCUCCGCUCACCACCAUCAGCCUGACCCACAUCCUGAACCCAGCACAGCACAGCGGCGUGCAGAACGAGAGCAGCCUGAUCUAUUACUGGUGCGCCUUCCUCGACUUCAGCUCCGGGACGGGAGUCUGGUCCAACGAGGGGUGCAUCCGGAUCGGAGGGAACGCCUCCCACUCCGUCUGCUUCUGUAAUCACCUCACCAACUUCGCCAUCCUCAUGCAAGUGGUGCCCCUGGAGCUGAAGCGUGGACACCAGGUGGCGCUCUCUGCCAUUACCUACGUGGGCUGCUCCCUCUCCAUCGUGUGUCUCACCAUCACCCUGGUCACCUUCGCUGUCCUGUCGAAGGGUGGUGUGGAACGUAACGUCAAUACUGAUAAACCCUCUCUGCCUGAACAGUACCCGUGCAAGGUCCUGGCCAUCCUCCUCCAUUUCUUCUUCCUGAGUGCCUUCUCCUGGAUGUUAGUUGAGGGCCUUCACCUCUACAACAUGGUCAUCAAAGUCUUUGGCUCAGAGGAGAGCAAGCACUUCUACUACUAUGGCAUCGGCUGGGGCUCUCCCUUGGUGAUCUGCGUUGUGUCCGUUACCUCUGCUUUCGACAGCUAUGGCAAAGUGGACAACUGCUGGUUGUCGAUCGAGAGAGGAACCAUCUGGGCAUUUGUCGCACCUGCUCUCUUCGUUGUUCUGGUGAAUAUUGGCAUUCUUAUCGCCGUGAUACGGAUUAUAUCGAGGAUCAGUACGGACAACUACAAGAUUCACGGAGAUGCAACCGCGUCCAAGUUGACGGUGAAGGCCGUGGCGGUGUUGCUGCCGAUCCUGGGGAUAUCCUGGGCAUGUGGUGUGCUGGCCAUCAACAACUACGCCAUAGUCUUCCAGUACAUGUUCGCAUUUUUCAAUUCCUUACAGGGAUUCUUCAUCUUCCUGUUCCAUUGUAUUCUGAACUCUGAGGUCAGGGCUGCUCUGAAGCACAAAACGAAGGUCUGGUCUCUCAACAGCAGCUCCAUGCGCAACGUCAAUAUCAAGCCCUUCCACUCGGACAUCAUGAACGGAAACCGAGCUGUCACCAGCCCCGCCAAGGUGAACACCUGAGAGAGGAGCACAGAUGUCGGGCAUCGCGUGGAGUUGUCCACGGUGUGAGUCCGACCAUCGCCGACUCCCACCCACCCGUCCCGCCAGCGUCCCCAGGCAGACCGUGGAUCAGCACAGCAGAUUCAGAACUGUUCAUCAUCACCGUGAAAUCCGUCGUUUGCUUUAACAGCCAAACACAACUGAAGACAUUGCCCCCGGUCCGGGAAGGGGAGGUGGGCGUCAGGUGUCCGAUAACCCCGCGGUCAGUGUCUGAGCCCGGAUGAACCACAUCUCUGUCUGCCCUGAGGGAGGAGGGGCUUCGGGCAUCGUCAGAGCCCCCUGUCCUGGGCCAGUCCUUCAACCUGCAACCCAUCUUCCUCUCUUCCAGGGAUGAGUUCUUCGUGGUGUUUCUGUGGCUCUGGGCUUUUAACGGGAUGGGGUUGCUAACCAAAACCCAAACCUCCUCCUUUCGCAGCCACCCAUGGCGACGCUGGAGAUCUGUGUAUAUAACACAACCCUGCCCUCCCUCGGGGCCGCUGCUGGGGGGGCUGUCUGAUGUGCUCUCACAUCAGUCUGACCAGCACAAAACGUGCGGUAAUCGUAAGCUGAAACCUUUGUCUGUUUCCUCAGACAUGGGAGUGGUGCGUGCGUGUGUGUUGGUGGGACGCGUGUUCCCUGCGGAUGGUAUAUAGGGCUCUGCCAAGACACAAGUCAGUGACUGAAGAGCGAGCUUCUCUUGUAGCUCUUUGCGUUCCGUAGUGAUCACGUUUCUGCCGACUCUCUCUGAGGCGGAAUCAGAAUUUCGGUGUAAUAUCACGGGCAAAUGUCAAGAAAUUUGUUGUUUUGCGGCGGCAGUACAUUGCAAUACGUAAUAAUUAAAAAAACUAUAAAUUACAAUAAGAAAUAUAUUUUAAAGUUAAAUUAAAAAAGUAGUGAGGUAGUGAUCGUGGGUUCAGUGUCCGUUCAGAAAUCAGAUGGCAGAGGGGAAGUAGCGGUUCCUGAAUCACUGAGUGUGUGUCUUCAGGCUCCUGUACCUCCUCCCUGAUGGCAGAGAGGAAGUAGCGGUUCCUGAAUCGCUGAGUGUGUGUCUCCAGGCUGCCGAUGGUAACACUGAGAAGAGGGGGAUGGGUGGUGGGGGUCCUUAAUGAGGGAUGUGGCCGUUUAGAGGCAUUGGUCCUUGAAGAUGUCCUGGACGCUGGGGAGCCUGGUGCCCAUGGCGGAGCUGGCUGAGUUUACAACUCUCUGCAGCUUUUUCCGAUCCUGUGCCCCCCCACCCACACCAGACAGUGAUGCAGCCGGUUAGAAUGCUCUCCGUGUUACAUUUGUAGAGUUCUGUCUGGGUUUUUCGAAUCCCUUUCAAGUGUUAACUCCACUUGGAUUAAACGUUUA